CGUGUUUUGUCGUUGUUAGGCUCACUUCCGGGUUGGGAUAUAAUUCGAUAAACAAACUCUAAGAAUCUUAAACAUUAUAUUCAAAAUGUCACGUUCAGCAGGAACUUUGAUAACUACUCACAACUCUACAUUCAUCCCACCUCGGUUUAUGCCAGGGUACCGAGGUCACUGUCCAACCACCAAAUAUGACUAUGGAGAGACAUAUGGAAAUGCAACCAACAAAUACUUUCAAGAUUAUAGAUCAGAAGUUUUAAAUGCUUCUCAUGACCCAUACGCCCGUGGAGGUGAAUUUCCCACCUACUAUACCCAUAAACCUGAAUCUGUGAUCAGUGCAAGAGGCCGCACCAGGGAUAGAUGGCUUGCUGCUCCAAAGUAUUCCUUGUCAAAUCUUGACUUUGACAGGAAAGAAGAGCUCAAAUCAUUUGAUAAGCUGGGUCAAAAGCACAGAGAAUUUUAUGGUGACAAAAGUGGAACAAGAAAGAGUGUAGAUUAUUUUAUGAUCCCCAACUCAGCUGAAGAUCAAAUUAAGCGAAAAUCCCAGUUUAUGAUUCUGGCCACGCGUCACACGGAUGAUAUCAACCUGCCAUAUCUGGAACACGAGGCUCGACGACUACCGCUCAUUAAGCGUGUGUCCACAUCUGCAUCCUCACAACGUGAUAGGGAGAUGAGAGACGUGUACUUUGAGAAACGCUAAACUUUUUUUUGGAAAAUCGCAAUUAGUAAUAUCGAAACUUUUUGAAAAUUGUUAAAAAAAUAUAAUACACUUGGACUGUGAGUUUACUUGAUCUGUGAUAUUGUUUUAUAUAUUAUAGAGUAGAUUGGAUUCCUGAUCAGUAUUAAAUGGUUAUUUCGUUUACAUCACGUUUUCAAUUAAGAUCAACAGUUUCUUUCUUGAAAACCUUUUCAAAUUGCUUAGUUAUGUCCCAUUCUUGAUGUAGUGUAUCAUCUCUGUGUUUGUUAUUGUGUUGAUGUCACGGAAUGCAAUCUUUUGUACAGAAUACAUUUGUACAAUCAUGUUCAUAUUUUUUCACAAUUUCUUUUUGUACAUACAUAUACAAGUAGUGUUAUUCUUAUACAUACAUUUAUUUACUUUAAUUCUAUUGACAGGGCUUAAUUAAGUUUAUAUAAAGAUAUAUAUACUAUUGUUAGAUCUUGUAAUGAAACAGUUUUGUUGUUAAGUUUUAAAAUACCUUUAUGAAACUUUUAAUUUUACUGCCAUUUACAAGUGGUAUCAGACUUUUGCCCUUUUCUAGUUGGCACAGAGCUUAUUUUUGUUUAGAAUUGUUCAUAGAUGUUGCAUGUUUCCUUCGAGUCUAUUUUAUUUGUAUUGUCAGAUAUGUCAGAAUAAAUAGCUACAUUUGUAUUGUACUUGCAUAAUAUUGAAAGGAAUAUUGCCAUUCUAUUUACUGCCUGCUGAACCAGAUUAAAAAAUCAAUAGAAAAUAACUAUUGUCUACUUAUUGUGUUUUUCAAUACCCAAUCAUGUACCUUUUUUGUACAAAAGAUUAUGUUAUAGCUUUUGAAUAUUAGUUCAUAUACUAGUAUAUGUAUAAAGUUUUAAGAAGAAAAUUAUUUUUUAUUAAUUUUUUAUUCAUAAGUUGUUACCAAGACUAAAUCGAUGGUAGAAAAUAAAACUUUGCCUACAUUUUGUAACAUGCAAUAUUUACUCUGCAACCUUUCUGAUGCAUAAUAACUCUUCUUUUAUGCAAUCUAGUAAUAACAAAAAAAUUGUAUAUAUGAAUACAAGAAUAAACUUCAGAUAUA